GGCCGUGGGAGACUGGGGCCGGCCGACCGCCCGCGGGGAGGGCCGGGCGGCGACGCGCCUGCAUGCCCGCCCGCCCUGCCUCCGCCCUCCGCGGAUGGAAACGGGCGGGGAAAAGUUCUCGCCGAGUGCGUCCCGUCCCUCUCUCCUUCUGCACACAAGCUCUCUCAUACGCACCUCUCUGCCUUCGCAGGCGGGCGAGGGGCACUUUCGAACAUUAUUUUCUUUCCACACCCAGUUGGCUUCUGACAUCAUUUCUGCAGGAGGGCGGGCGGGAGGCAGCCGCCGCCAGACGGUCGCAGCCCGCGGAGUGCUGCCCGCCAGCCCCGCGCCGCGCCCGCGCCGCCCCUGCUGUGAUGAUCCAGAGACACUCUUUGGUCUUAAUGGGAAGAGAAAAUUGCUAAGAGUCUUAAAGUCUACAGAAUUUUCCACGCACUUCUGGGAUCCCUGCUCAGAUUUUUCUCAGACUAAAACCUCCACAGAUCAAGGAUGUUGAUUCUUCUGGCUUUCAUUAUUGUGUUUCACAUAACCUCAGCAGCACUGCUGUUCAUCUCAACUAUUGACAAUGCCUGGUGGGUAGGAGAGAAUUUUUCUACAGAUGUCUGGAGAGUGUGUUCCACAAAUACUAGCAUCUGUAUGGCUAUUACUGAUCAAUUCAGAGAGUAUCAGUCAAUUCAGGCUGUUCAGGCUGCCAUGAUCCUAUCUACAAUUUUCUGUUGUGUGGGAUUUCUGGUUUUCAUUCUCCAACUCUUCCGUCUGAAGCAAGGAGAGAGAUUUGUGUUAACCUCUAUUAUCCAGCUCCUCUCAUGUCUGUGUGUUAUGAUUGCAGCUUCCAUUUAUACAGAUAGGCACGAAGAGCUACACAAGAGCACUGAAUACAUGGCUGAAGUUUAUGAAGGCCAGUAUGGCUAUUCCUUCGUCCUAGCCUGGAUUGCAUUUGCCUUUACUCUCAUCAGUGGUGUUAUGUACCUAGUAUUAAGGAAGCGUAAAUAAAUGUCAGCAGCUAGUUAUUUCUGUCACUGCUAUACAAAACCAAAUUCCAGUAACCAUUUUGUAUAUAAUCAUCUACAUGGUUUUGUAGUAAAGGUGUUGUUUCUCUAAAAACGUACUGUGUUCUUGAUAUGAAACUGAGUGACAAAAAGUGGCAGUUUUAAUGGAAUACCUGGCACCUACAGGUCAGGAUGCUGAGUGGGACAGAACCUUUUACGUAUUUCAUCUUCAUGAAGGGUUUGCUCUUUGUUAGACACUAACAGUUUGCUCCUGGCCUAUCCAAAUUGAUUUGUAAGCGGUGUGCUAACUAUAUUCCUCGACCAGAUGUCUCCCUUUGAAACAGGUUAAAUAUAGGAGGAACAAAAAAGGAGGUCCAGAUCACAGUGAAAAGGCAAACAAUUAUCAAAGCCCAAAAGCUGCGCUCGGUGUGUCUGUUCUGGCAGAGGACUAGUGUUCUGCAAUUUGUAAUGUGCAGUAAGUGUCAUCAAGCUUUUAUUAAAACCACUUGCUUUGGAAAAGUAAA